AGCAAGAGGGAGAGGUUAGGUGUUAGUUCAUUGUUAGAAUCAUGCAAAACUGCCCUAGGGCCCCUAUCAUUAUCUUCUUGCUUCCCUAGAUCUCAGCUUAUAAAACUCAGCGAAUCGAAGUUCAGUAUGUACUACCUAUCUAUAUUUCACCUUCUUCCCUAAUCAAGCUAGAAAGAACUAAGAGUAUUUAAUAGUUCAUCUAGAGUGUAUGCUUAGUUAAAGUUGGUUAUCAUGUGGAAGUUGAAGAUAGCAGAAGGCAAGGAUCCAUGGCUAGAGAGUCUAAACAACUUCACCGGUCGACAACACUGGGAGUUUGAUCCAGAGGCCGGAACAACGGAGGAACGGGCCGAGGUCGAGAGGGCAAGAGAGGAGUUCAAGAGGAACCGUUUUAACAUGAGGCAAAGUGCUGAUCUUCUAAUGAGAAUGGAGUUGAGAAAAGGAAAGCCACUUGUGGAAAUGGCUAAAGGAGUGAAGUUGAAGGAAAGAGAGGUAAUAGGAGAAGAAGCAGUGACCACAACACUGAAGAAGGCCAUCAACUUCUUUACCAGUAUUCAAGCCCAUGAUGGUCACUGGCCCUCUGAUAACGCUGGCCCACUUUAUUUCAUGCCUCCCUUGGUAAUGGCACUAUACGUUACAGGAGAUCUCAAUAAGGUUUUAUCCCCUGAACACCAAAAGGAGACAAAGCGUUAUAUUUACAAUCAUCAGAAUGAUGACGGAGGAUGGGGAUUCCACAUAGACAGCCAUAGUACCAUGUUUGGUUCAGCAAUUAGCUACAUUGCCCUAAGGUUGUUGGGAGAAGGUCCUGAUGAUGGUGAAGAUAACGCGGUUGCAAGGGGUCGUCAAUGGAUCCUUGACCAUGGUGGUGCUACGAGCAUUCCAUCUUGGGGAAAAUUUUGGCUCUCGGUGCUUGGAGUGUACGAGUGGGAUGGGUGCAACCCAACGCCUCCAGAGCUUUGGCUACUCCCUGAUUUUUUACCAAUGCAUCCAGGAAAAACUUUGAGCUAUUGCCGAUUAGUGUAUAUGCCAGUAUCAUACAUGUAUGGUAGGAGAUUUGUUGGUCCAAUCACUGAACUCAUUCAGUCACUUAGAACAGAAAUUUACCCCCAUCCCUACCAUGAAAUUAACUGGAACAAAGCUAGAAACUCAUGUGCUAAGGAGGAUCUUUAUGCUCCACAUCAUGUGUUGCAAGACAUGAUUUGGGGAUUUCUUCACCACGUUGGUGAGCCAAUCCUCAACCGUUGGCCCUUCUCAAAACUCAGAGAAAAGGCGCUCAAAACAGCAAUAGCGAAUGUACAUUAUGAGGACGUUAACAGCAGAUACUGCUGCAUUGGUUGCGUUGAGAAGGUACUUUGUUUGAUGGCUUGUUGGGCAGAAGAUCCGAAUUCAACAGCAUACAAGAAACAUCUAGCCAGAAUCCCAGAUUAUUUGUGGGUUUCUGAGGAUGGGAUGAAGUUUACGGCCCUUGGUUGCCAAACCUGGGAUGCAGCACUAGCGUUUCACGCAAUACAUGCCAGUGGUCUUACUGAUGAAUAUGCUACACCACUUAAGAAAACACACAGUUUUCUCAAAGCCUCACAGGUUAGGGAGAAUCCAUCAGGAAAUUUUAAGGAGAUGUAUAGGCAUAUAAGUAAAGGUUCAUGGACUUUCUCAACGCCAGAUCACGGCUGGCAAGUCUCUGAUUGCACUGCGGAAGGACUCAAGGUUGCACUACUAUUUGCAAAAAUGUUUCCUGAACUUGAAGAAGAUAAAAUGGAAGCUGGGCGCCUAUUUGAUGCUGUGAAUGUCAUUCUUUCUCUACAGGGUGAGAAUGGUGGUUUCACAGCUUGGGAGCCUCAGCGAACAUACCGUUGGAUUGAGAAAUUCAAUCCUACAGAGCUCUUCGAUGAUGUUCUAAUCGAAAGAGAACAUGUUGAGUGCACUUCCUCAAUAAUACAAGCUUUUACACUCUUCAAGGAGCAAUACCCAGAUCACAGGACCAAAGAAAUAGAAGACUCCAUCUCCAGAGGAAUUCAAUACAUUGAAAGGGCUCAAAACCCUGAUGGUUCUUGGUAUGGUUUUUGGGGAAUUUGUUUUACCUAUGGAACAUGGUUUGCAGUGGAGGCACUACUAAGGUGUAAUAAAAACUACCAUAAUAGUCAGGCUGUGAAAAAGGCAUGUGAGUUUAUACUCUCAAAGCAAUUGCCUAAUGGCGGGUGGGGCGAAAGCUACCUCUCAAGCUCAAACGAGGUUUAUACAAACCUAAAAGGGAACAAGUCAAAUCUGGUGCAAACUUCAUGGGCAUUGUUAACUCUCAUUAGAGCAGGGCAGUGGGAAGUAAAUCCCGACCCCGUAGACCGAGGGAUGAGGUUGGUAAUCAACUCACAGAUGGAAAAUGGAGACUUCCCGCCGCAGGAAAGCACUGGAAUAUUCAUGAAGAGCUGCAUAAUCGAAUAUUCAUCUUACAGGUGUAUUUUCCCCAUAUGGGUUCUUAGUGAAUAUCGCCGUGCACAAGCACAAAGAUCAGCCAUACAAUAGCCACACUCACUGGAACUCCAAGAGAGAUUGGUCACAAGCUAUUAGUAUCUAUAGUGUAUUGCUGCUAAACGUCACAGGAUGUAGAAGCAAAUUAAUAAAUCAUCCUUUGUUGGCUAUAAUCGAAUUUUAUGCUCUAGUUUACUUAUCUUUGUCAAUGUAAGGUUACUGAGGUAACUUCUAAAGGGUAACUUCCAAAAGUCAGCCCACAUUACAAGUUUCACUUAUUUUAAGGGCAUUUUGUGAAA